CAAUUCCAUUAAAGACUUUACAGGUGCAGGGGCUAGCUUCAAGCCUUAACGCGUCAUAAUUCGCGUCAAAACGUUGCCCACUUUUUUUCCCUAUGAAAAUACUACUUCUUUUCCAAACAACAUCACAAACCUCCCUGAGUACCAAGUGCAUCUCUGCGUUCAAAUACGAUGCCUGAUAUUCGUUCUUUCUUCGGGGCAAAGGGAGGCGCCCCAACCUCUUCAAAGCCAGCUCCAAAGAAGACAGAAGAAGAACCAAAAAAGCGUAGCAAGGCACGAAAGGUUGUAGAUGAUAGCGAUGAAGAAGAAGAAGAAGAAGCACCUGUCGAAACAAAGAAACCAACUACUCGAUCUACCCCUAAGAAAGCGGCCGACAAGAAUGUGCAAGGGACGACUGCUACAGCAAGUGAAUACUUUGCUUCGAGCAAGUUGAAGAAUCAAUCAGCUGCAAAGCCGGCUGAGAAGGCGCAGUCGCAGGCCAAGGCCACAGUUGAAGUACGAUCGAGUCCGAGAAAUAAGAAACCCGCAGCAAAGGAUGCUAUAGCUCCAAGCAAGGAUGACGACACUACACCAAAGAAACGCCCUGCUAGCAAACUAAAACGAUACGACUUGGACGACGAUGCAGAUGCCGGUGACGAUAUCUUUGCUGCUGACGCAAAAAGCCGAAAUAAGCGAAAGAACGAUGACUAUGCGGAGGAGGAUAGCGAAGAGGACUUCCUUCCCAAACCCAAGAGGAUCGCUUCACGUACCAAACCGGUAGACGAGAAUAACAAGCCCACUACGUCAAAACCUUCAACGGGUACCUCGGCCUCAAGUUCAGCGAAGAAGAGGAAAACCCCCGAGUCCGAGCCUAGCGACGAAGAAGAUGACGAUGACGAACCUCCAGCUCGUAAGAAACCGGUAGCGAAGAAACCGAGAGCACCGAGAACGUCGAAAGCCAAGAAAGCGAAUGAACCAGAAGAUGCAGGGAUCCAGGCGAUCUUAGACGAUAUACCUACGGUUAGACCACCAACACCGCCCUCCAAGGACCCUAAUGCCAAGUUCGAUUGGAGAAAGGCGGCAGCAGGAGGCGGAAAUAGCGGUCCGCCGCCAAAUCCGACCGCGGAACUACCCGAAGGCGAGGAUGAUUGUCUUGCUGGCCUAAGCUUUGUUUUUACUGGGCAGUUGACUACUAUUGCUCGUGAGGAUGCUCAGUCACUAGUAAAGCGGUAUGGUGGAAAGGUUACUGGCGCGCCCAGCAGUAAAACUAGCUACGUGGUAUUGGGUGAAGACGCCGGACCCAGCAAGCUUGCGAAGAUUCGCCAGCAUGGCAUCAAGACAAUCAAUGAAGAUGGCUUAUUCGAGCUCAUUCGUCGCCUCCCCGCUGGAGGUGGAAGUGGAAAAAAUGCUGAGAAGGCACGGGAAAAGAAGAGGCUGGAGGAAGAAAAGAUUAAAGAAGAAGCCGCUCAGAUGGAACAAGAAGAAAAGGCCCGAAAGGCGGAGGCUGAGAAAGCACGGAAAGCAGCCGCCGCCGCACGGGGUACCGGUCCCCCUCCGGCUGCCCCGGCCCCCGUUUCCCAACUUUGGACUGUGAAAUACGCACCUACUCAGCCGAGUCACAUUUGUGGCAACAAGGCUGCGGUCGAGAAAAUCCAGAACUUUCUCAAGAGUUGGCAAAAAUCACGUAAAUAUAACUUUGAGAAAAGAGGUGCAGAUGGGCUCGGCGGUUACCGCGCCAUCAUGCUUUCCGGCCCCCCAGGUAUUGGUAAAACCACCGCUGCUCAUUUGGCUGCCAAGCUUGAAGGAUUUGAUAUUAUAGAGAGCAAUGCUAGCGAUACACGCAGUAAAAAGCUCGUCGAAUCUGGAGUUAGUGAAGUUAUGAAUAACACCUCCCUACGUGGUUACUUUGCGGGAGAUGGGAAGAAAGUAGAUGAGGAAAAGAAGAAUAUUGUCCUUAUUAUGGACGAGGUCGACGGAAUGUCCGCUGGCGACCGUGGGGGCGUGGGUGCUCUUGCUAAGUUCUGUAAAAAGACCGAGGUGCCUCUGAUCCUUAUUUGCAACGAGCGAAAACUGCCCAAGAUGAAACCCUUCGACUUUGUCGCGUUCGAUGUCAAGUUCCAGCGCCCGACGAUUGAACAGAUUCGUUCACGUAUGAUGACUAUUUGCCACAGAGAAGGACUGAAGCUAUCGACACAGGUACUCGACGCCCUUAUCGAAGGCAGUAAUCGGGAUAUCAGACAGAUUGUCAAUAUGCUGUCCACGAUCAAGCUAGAUCAGACCUCUAUGGAUUACAGUCAGAGCAAGGAUAUGUCGAAGGCCUGGGAGAAGUCUAUAGUAUUGAAACCGUGGGAUAUCUGCCAGAAAAUGCUGGGCAGUGGUCUCUUCUCUCCCGCAAGCAAGGCGACCCUUAAUGACAAGAUCGAGCUCUACUUCAAUGAUCACGAGUUUAGCUAUUUGAUGAUACAGGAGAACUACUUACGAACCAAACCCGCCGCCCUAAAUCAAUCGCAAUCCAAGAACAAACGUGAGCAGAACCUAAAGGCUUUGGAGUUGUUCGAUAUGGCAGCGGAAAGUAUCAGUGACGGGGACUUGGUGGAUCGGAUGAUUCACGGCCCCCAGCAACAUUGGAGCCUAAUGCCUACUCACGCAGUAUUCAGCACGGUUCGACCAGCUAGCUUUGUGGCCGGUCAGCUCUUAGGAUCUAACUUUACAUCCUGGCUUGGUAAUAACAGCAAAUACGGCAAGCUGGGAAGAUACAUUCGUGAAAUCCGUUCGCACAUGAGACUAAGGUCCUCUGGUGACCAUCACGAGAUCCGCCAACAAUAUCUACCAGUUCUCUGGACGCGGCUUAUCCAAAGACUUGCUGAGGAAGGCAAGGAAUCCGUCGAUGAAGUUAUCGACCUAAUGGACAGCUAUUUCCUAACUAGAGAGGACUUCGAUUCCAUUAAGGAACUUGGUGUUGGCCCUCAAGACGAAGGGAAUGUCGACAUUGAAACCCAGACCAAGUCUACUUUUACCAGACUGUACAAUUCGAGGUCACACCCAAUUCCUUUUAUGAAGGCUAGCAGUGUGAUAGCUCCGAAGGCAGCCUCAAAGGAAAAGCCAGAUCUGGAGGAGGCAAUGGAGGAAGAAGACGAUGCAGAUGUAGCAGAGGUAGUUGAGGCAGUUGAUGAAGAUGAUGAUCUUGAUAUCGAGAAAGAUAAGUAUAUUAAAAAGCCAAAGGCUAAGCCUGCGAAGAGAGGUGGCAAAAAAGCAGCAGCCGCAACUGAGGGCGAGGAUGAAGACGGGAAGCCAGCAAAAGGCCGUAAGGGCAAAACUGGUGGAGCAAAAGGCAAGGCAAAGAAGUAAGAAGCAUCACAUAUUACUAUGAUUUACGUGAGCUGGGCCUGGGUUGUUGUUUUAAUGGUUAAUGUCUCUUAGACUUUAGGGCGAUCUCUUUCGUAGAAGAGAAUGACGUUGAUAAUGCAUGCACAUAUGUAUUAGGUACCUAACCUGCUUAGAUGACGAAUUCAGGGGUAAAUGUAUUUGUCUUUGGAGUCUUCACAUGUGUUAGGCAUCCGAAUAAUAUCUUCAGAAAGAGGUUGUAAUAGAUAACCACCUACAUAAGUACCACCUAAGGUACCCUAGGCAGAUAUAUAUAUUUUAUGGAAUGGUUUUUUUUCAGUUUGGCAUAUGCAUAUGGUACCAGCAUGCUUGCUUCAAGUUCAUGCAGGAGCCUGGUGUAGGCUGGCAGUACCAAGUUUUAGGUAGAUAUGUUUGUAUGUUACCCUGGGACAACACGGGUUAAUCAGUAUCUACAC